AACCAUUCUUAUUAACGGUAAAAUAUUCAAAUGGAGUAUCUUUUAAAUACAACGUAUGUAGCGUUUGUUCAAUACUCCCCUUUUUCUCUGUGUCUCUCUCCACAUUAGUAGUUUGUUACUUAUCGCCGUAGAUCUGAAUUCGAUCUAGACGGUUGCUUGGUAUAAUUCAGGACUUGUAAGAGAUAAUGGGUCGUGGAGUGAGCAGCGGUGGAGGUCAGAGUUCUUUGGGAUACCUAUUUGGUGGCAAUGAAGCUCCUGCGCCAAGACCUACUGCAACCAAUGUGGAGGCUCCUCCGAGGAAUUCAGCUCCACAGGCAAGUGCAGUGGUUGCAGACAAGUCAUCUGCUGUUGCACCAUCUGGCGGGGACGCUCCCAAGCAGAUUCCAGCCGGCAUCCAGGGCAGCCAGAGUAACAACAACUAUUUCCGUGCUGAUGGCCAAAACACCGGCAACUUCCUCACGGAUCGACCAUCCACCAAAGUCCAUGCUGCUCCAGGAGGCGGAUCGUCCUUGGGAUACCUUUUUGGAGAUGGCAAGUAGAAUCUUCAGACCUUCCAAUUCAAAGAUGAAGUUGAUGUUUGCUGUGUCUCCCUCCGAAGUGGGGGGGGCCGACUUCUAGUAGCUUCAGACAUUGUGGAUUGUAAUAUACGUUAAACUUUGUUUCCUAAAUCGAGCGUUGCUUCCCUUGCUCAUCGAAAUCAAGAAGUUGCUGCUGUCUGGAUGCAGAUUAUUAAUUGUAAUAAUUUGCUUUUUCAUACCUCAAUGUCUAUUUUGGUGACGAUUUUUGUACGUGAAUUUAAUGUGAUAAUGUAAGUUUGGCAACA